AUGGGUGUCAACAUGAGUGCUGCGGAAUCGUUUGAAGAAUGUCUUCAGGGACUGGGAGUCAGACUACUAGUGGCUAUUCCGACCACCCGCAGUGUCACCAUCAAGGAUGCAGCCCUCAUGCCUCAAGAGUAUUCUACAACACCAGGAGGGCCACUCUUUAGUACGACCCCUGGAGGCACACGAAUCAUCUACAACCGGAAGUUCCUCCUGGAGUGUCGAACCUCCCCUCUGGUGCGCACCCCUCCCUGUCUCCCUGAUAUUCCAGGGGUAACCAACCCCCUCUCAGACAACACUACGACUGACACAGCCCACCCCAAACAGACCCCCAACAACCACAAUCCCCCAGCAGACACGAGUGCAGGGGAGGAUGCUCAAUUUGAAAUGGACAUUUAGCCAUUUCAUGGAUCAGCAGGAAUAUUGCAGCCUUGAGUAUGACAAUGAAAAAGUGACUCAUGUUUCUACUGUCUUUUUGGAAACAGCACAGCAUACUGAAAUGAAUGAAAACUACAUUAUGGAAGAGCUGCAUUAUGUUUAGUCAUAAUUCUAAUCAUUCAGGAAUAGAAAACACUUACAUGCAAUCUCUCCUCUAUUGAUUUGAUAUUAUUUACUAAUUGUUAGACAUUAUCCUGUCUUAAAGGUGAAGCAUUUGAAUUAUAUGUUUGAGUCUUAUCCAGCAGCAUUUUGUAAGCACAUGCCAUUCUCAGUAUUGUCUGUUUUUCUUGUUACAUUUACAUUACAUU